CCACCACCACCACCACCACCACACGCAACACCUAAUUCACAAUGGGCGGAUCACUGAGCAAGGCGCUCGGCAAGCUGUUUGGAAACAAGGAGAUGCGCAUCCUCAUGCUCGGUCUCGACGCAGCAGGAAAGACGACCAUCCUCUACAAGCUCAAGCUCAACCAGUCGGUAACCACCAUCCCCACAGUCGGCUUCAACGUCGAGACGGUCACGUACAAGAAUGUCAAGUUUAACGUCUGGGACGUCGGAGGACAGGACAAGAUCCGUCCCCUGUGGAGACAUUACUACACUGGUACUCAGGGUCUCAUCUUUGUUAUCGACUCGGCCGACCGUGACCGUAUCGAGGAGGCCAGACUGGAGCUCGAGCGUAUCCUCGCCGACCGGGAGAUGAAGGACUGCCUGUUGAUGGUCUUUGCCAACAAGCAGGACAUCCAGGGUGCCAUGUCACCAGCCGAGGUGACUGAGAAGCUCGGCUUGCACAGGAUGCGGGAUAGGUCGUGGUAUGUCCACCCAAGCUGCGCAACAACGGGCGAGGGUCUGUUCGAGGGCUUGCAGUGGCUGUCGCAAAAUGUCAAGGGAACCAAGGCCUGAUCUGUUCACCAAAUUCUCGUCACUGGCUGAGGCGACAACCCCGGCCCCCUCUUAAACGUCUCAUCCCACAUCGCAUCGGCACACGACAGCGCGUUAAUUUACACCUUGUCCCCCCUCCUCCUCUCGCCAGUCCGCUCGCUCACGCGCUGCCGUUGCCCUCUCGUCCUCCUCGCCACGCCUCUCCGUUUUCUCUAUUUUGUCUCACUCUUUUUUCGGUCAGACUCGUGUUUGUGUGGUUUACCCAAAGUCGAACUCGUCCACGUUUCUGCGUCUCUCUGCCAUUCACCCCCACCGUAUACUCUACUCUUUUGUUCCCUGCUGUUUCCCUUCCUCUUCGAUCCAUACGACGACGACGACGACGUAGUUUAGUGAGGUCAGAGACGUGUAUACCCUUUGAUGCAACUUUAC